UGGUCCGAUUCUUGAACUUCUCCUGGGCCGGGUUCAACUUUUCCGCGCCGCAGCUGGUUCCCGUCGGCGCGGAAAGGCUGUCCUCGGACCUUUCUUGGGUGGUCACUUUCGCUUUUGCUCGGAAUCACCAAGACGAUGUCUGAAAAAGUGGAAACGCCCCUCGUUGGGGUCGGCGGCGGCUACAAAUCGGUGUGGGAGUCGCGCCCUGUCAAGUAUACGAACGUGAUUGUUCAAGUGUGUGGGUUCAUCUUGAUGAUGGAGCUGUCCGAACGACUCAGUUACUAUGGGAUCAACCAAGGGCUCAAGAACUUUAUGGGCAAGAAACUCGGAUGGUCCAGCGUGUCGUCCAACUCGAUCAAGAGCACGUGGACAUCCCUUGUUUACAUGUCUCCACUGCUCGGUGCGUACAUGGCCGACGAGCGCUGGGGCCGGUUCAAGACAAUUGCGGUGUUUGGGACAGUGUACAUGGUCGGCGAUGUCUUGCUUGCGAUCGCCUCUCACCCGAGCACGUUGGCGGCCGGCGGCUCCACCAAGACCGCGGAAACGAUCUUCAUCAUCGGUUUGUUUGUGUUCAUUGGGAUCGGCACGGGUGCCAUCAAGUCCAACGUGAUCACACUCGGCGCCGAUCAAUUCGACCCCGCCGACGAACGCGAAUGCGCCCAAAAGAUCACGUACUUCAGCUACUUUUACUGGUGCAUCAACGUUGGUGCCGGGUUUGCCUACGGGUACUUGGCCACGUUGUGCGUCAAGGGGUCGGGCGAAUUUAUUCCCAAGAGCUAUGGGUACUUCGCGACGUUCACCAUUUGCGCGUGCGUGUUUGCGGUCGCCCUCUUUUUCUUCUUCCUCGGCAACUCUCGCUACAUCAAGAUCGCGCCAGAAUCGAACGCCAUGUCCAAGCUCGUCAAGGUGCUGAUCGCGAGCUCGUCGCGCAGUUCGGCCGCCCGCUUCAGUUUGCUUGGGUUUGUCGCGUUUGUGAGUUCAUUCGUGAUCAACUUGAUCGCAGUGUUCUUGAAGGACAAGAGUUCCGAACGCCUGGCCAUGAGUUAUCUCGCCGGUGGUGUCGCGCUCGUCGGCGUGUUUCUCUGGGUUUGGUUCGGUCGUAAGUUUGACAAUUUGAGCAAUGCCAAGCAAUCGGAAGGCGGGACCCAAGACGAUGUCUCGAUCGAUGAAAUCAAGCUCGUGGUCCGCGUGCUUCCUUUCGCCGCGUUCAACGUUAUGUGGCAAUGCGUGUACGAUCAAGUCGAUGCCAACUUUCAAACGAUUGCCCAACAAACCGACUUGCGUUUCGGCAACGCCCGCGACGCCACCCAGUUGCCUGGUGCCGUGCUCGGUGUGUUUGACCCGAUCGCGAUUGUGUUGCUCAUUCCGUUCCUGGAAAUCGUCGUGUACCCUGCCUACAAGAAAAUCACCGGCAAGGACGCGUCGCCCUUUGGCCGGGUCGCCGCCGGUUUGAUCUUGUCCACGUUUACCAUGUUCUUUGCCGGUAUGUUUGAAACCAUCCGUCGCAACGCUGGUGUGAUCAUGAUCCCUGUUGGCAACGGAAACAACACGCUCGACGUCAUUCGCGACGACAGCUCCGAUCUCCCCAUGAACGACAUCGCUUGGGGCUGGUGCAUUCCCAUGUACGUGUUUGUCGCGUUGUGCGAAUGCCUCAUCAACGUGACGGCCUACGAUGUCUUCUACACCGAAGUCCCGACCUACCUGAAGAGUACCUGCCAAGCCAUCAACUUGUACAUGAUUUCCAUGGGGUCGAAUGUCACAUCCAUUUUCACGCUGGUUUUCCAAAAGUACAUCCCCGACGACUUGAACGACGACGGCCACUUGGAGUACAUGUUUUACGGUGUCGGGAUCGUCUCGCUCAUCAACUUGCUCGCGUUCCUGUACGUGAUGAGGGAAAUGCAGUUUGGUAUGGCUUCGUCCAAGCGCGGCGCCGAAGCUGUCGUUGACGAAGCCGCCCUCGCCAAGCACGAGAGCCAUCUCGCUGACGGUGAAAAAGCUCGUUUGAGUUACGCUUGAGACCUUCUAAACGUUUUGUAAUGUAUAUUUCGUCAUCCA